GGUGCAAACAACAAAGACGCAGCCUGACCGAGAGAGAAGGAGAGAGAUGGCAACUCCCAGCAAUGGCAGCUCGGACUCUUUUGUCAAGAUGCCAACCAUAAAGUUCACGAAGCUGUUCAUCAACGGAGAAUUUGUUGACUCCAUUUCAGGAAAGACGUUCGAGACUAUAGAUCCAAGAACUGAGGAGGUAAUUGCGAGGGUGGCGGAAGGGGACAAGGAGGAUGUCAAUUUGGCCGUGGAGGCUGCGCGUCAAGCUUUCGAUCAUGGUCCAUGGCCCCGCUUGCCCGGCUCUGAGAGAGGAAGGAUUAUGAUGAAAUUUGCAGAUUUGAUUGAUGAACAUGUAGAAGAAAUAGCUACCUUGGAGGCUAUUGAUGCUGGGAAAUUGUUUGGUCUAGCUAAGUUACAUGACAUUCCUUUGGGAGCAAAUACCCUACGAUACUAUGCGGGUGCAGCCGAUAAAAUUCAUGGGGAGGUGUUGAAAAUGUCUCGAGAGUUUCAUGCUUAUACAUUGCGUGAGCCAAUUGGUGUCGUAGGACUCAUCAUUCCCUGGAAUUUCCCAACCACCCUGUUAUUUAGCAAGGUUAGCCCUGCCUUAGCAGCCGGCUGCACUAUGGUCGUCAAACCUGCCGAGCAAACACCCCUUUCAGCUCUUUACUAUGCUCAUCUUGCUAAGCUGGCUGGUAUCCCAAAUGGAGUUCUAAAUGUUGUCACGGGAUUUGGACCUACUGCUGGUGCUGCCAUUAGCUCUCAUAUGGGCAUUGAUGGGGUCAGUUUCACUGGUUCCACGAACAUAGGACGUGAAAUAAUGCAGGCUGCAGCAAAAAGCAAUUUGAAAGUGGUUUCACUUGAAUUAGGAGGCAAGUCACCCCUUGUAAUUUUUGACGAUGCUGAUGUAGAUAAAGCUGUUCAACUUGCUCUGUUGGGCAUUCUAUUUAACAAGGGAGAAAUAUGUGUGGCAAGUUCUCGCGUUUUUGUUCAAGAAGGAAUUUAUGAUGAAUUUGUGAAGAAGUUGGUGGAAAAGGCAAAAGAUUGGGUAGUUGGGGAUCCUUUUGAUCCUAAAGUAAAUCAAGGACCACAGGUUGACAAGAAGCAGUUUGAAAAGAUCCUUUUCUACAUAGAUCAUGGAAAGAGAGAAGGAGCAACCUUGUUAACCGGUGGUAAGCCUGUGGGGGACAAGGGCUACUAUAUUGAGCCAACAAUUUUCGCCGAUGUUAAGGAAGACAUGCUAAUAGUGAAAGAUGAAAUAUUUGGACCUGUGAUGGCGCUCAUGAAGUUCAAAACAAUUGAUGAGGCGAUUAAAAUGGCGAACAACACAAAAUAUGGACUUGCAGCAGGUAUCUUGACCAAUAACUUAGACGUGGCUAACACAGUGUCAAGAUCAAUCCGUGCCGGGAUCAUUUGGAUCAAUUGCUAUUUUGCUUUCGACAGGGAUUGCCCUUAUGGAGGGUACAAGAUGAGUGGGUUUGGGAGAGAUAAUGGUUUAGAAGCCCUUCACAAGUAUCUUCAAGUUAAAUCAGUUGUGACACCCAUUUACAACUCUCCUUGGCUUUGAAUCAUCAGUUGUGAAACUUGAUGCAUGGGUAGGAUAUUGUAUUAUAUCUCUGAAAUAAUGCAAACAAUGUGAAAUAAAUUGCGGUGCUUUAUGGAUUAGAAAAGUACUACUCAACUUGCAGUACCCUUAA